AUGGACGAGGGAUAUGAGGAGGAGCCUGAAGUAUACGACCCAAACCUAGAUCCUGUACCCCGAAAACAAUUACAGGGUCCAACUCCCCGCUGGGCUGAAACCCUGAAUCUUUGGGGCCAAGAGCAAGGGCAACAGCCUCUUUCUGGAAUGUGUAUGGAAUUCCACGAUAUCUACGAGGGGAGUCCAGCUAACAGAUCCCUCCCUGUCAUAGCGGGCCGUAUUUCGCACCAAGCUGACCAACUGAACCAAGAUCAUGACCAGGCUAGGCACAACACCAAAGCCCUUUAA